GGCUGGCUGCCCAGUCUCGCAUCUGGCGCCGCUCUGCUAGCGAUGGCGCUGUCCGCGGUCGUCGUCCUCCUCGGGCUGCUCUCUCUGUCCUACCUGGAUGCCAUCCAGCAUUCUCCAAAGGUUCAGGUUUACUCCCGGCACCCAGCAGAGAAUGGAAAGCCAAAUUUCCUGAACUGCUAUGUUUCGGGGUUCCACCCACCACAAAUUGAUAUCACCUUGAUGAAGAAUGGAAAGAAAAUGGAUGCAGAACAGACAGAUCUGUCCUUCAACAAGGACUGGACUUUCUACCUUCUGGUUCACACUGAAUUUACUCCCACUGCCAAUGAUAAGUUUAGCUGCCAGGUGAAUCAUACAACUCUCCCCGAGCCCAAGGUCGUUCUGUGGGAGCGAGACAAGUAGCCAGCAUCAUGGAGGUUUUGAAGAUGGUGCAUUUAAAUUGGACUAAUCCCAAAUCCUGAAUUCUUUUUAGUGCUGAUAGGCUUUUAUGUUUCAUGCAUACAAAUCAUAAAGUUAUACUGAUGAUAAUACAAGUAUAAUCUACUUAAUAAUUUUCCCAUGGGCACUUGGUCAUUAUAUUUGCCCUGUCUAGGCAUGUAGAUGUAGUGGCAGGACUGGAAGCUUAGAGAAUUCUCAUGUUCACUAUCAGACUAAACUCUUCAGUCUCUUCACUCAAAACUCAAUAAGAAUAUAGCCAUGCAUGUUUAGAAUUAGCUUCCAAUUUGCAUACCUUGCUGAGAAUUGGGAAAUGUUUUGAAAGAUGAUUAUCAAAUUAUUGGAAAUCUGUUGUAGCGGAUAAGACAUUUUCUAUAUAAUAUUAUUUAAUUCUUACAUGUUGGAGCCAUUGUUGCAUAUAAUUUGACUUCUAUUGAUUUUGUUCCACUAAUUAAAACAAUGAUAAAAA